GCCCCGCCUCUCCGCUCUCUCCAGCCGCUGCCUCGCCCUGCCGCGGUUCUCGCCCUCGCGCGCGCUCCGCCCUCGCAGCGAGCUGCGCUCGGCCUCCCGCGCCCGGCGGGCUCCGCCCGAGCCUCCGGGGCCCAUGGCCAAACGGCGUGCGGCCGAGCCGCUCAGGUUCCACGUGCCUUGGAAGCGGCUUCUGCUCUGCGACUUCCCGGAGGGGCCGCCGCCGCCGCCGCUCUGGAUCCCGCCGCCGGGGACCUCGCAUCCCGGGCAGCCCCUCGGCGUCCCGGAGCUGCCCCGAAAGCGCAAAAUCGACGCGGGGGCCAUGACUGAGCCUUUGGCUUCGCCCAGCAAGCGCCGCGACGGCGGGGCCCCGCGCGCUCCGGGCGGCGCGGAGCCUGAGGGCCGCGGCCUGGAGACUGGCGAGCCGCCGCUGCUGCAGCCGCCCGGGCGGCCCCGCGGACCGGGGGAGGAGCCCGGGCGCGCCCGGCCCCCGAGGGGCAGUGGCGACGACGGGGCGGGGCGAGCAGAGCCCCCGCAGGAAGACUGGGGGGCCGCCCCGGGCCAGCUCGAUGAAGAAUUUUGGCAGUACAACACCUUCCAGUACUGGAGGAAUCCUUUACCACCUAUUGAUCUGGCAGACAUUGAAGAUGUAAGUGAAGACAACCUUACAGAAGCAAUGCUUCAGGGCAAGAAUGAAGUGGUUGAGGUUGACAUGGAGUCCUGACAGAAGGAGCUGAAGAAAUGGGCUUUUCUGAAUCUGAGGAGACAUCUCUAAGUGAAUUUAUGUAUUCUUAAGGAAGAAAGUUAUUUUCCAUACUUGGUGUGAUAUCAUUCCCAAACCUGAGAAAUGAGGAAAAGUUGUUUUAAAGAGAAAUGCCUUCAGUCACUACUGAACCUCCUAACAGGGAUUUGUCAAGGACGCAGUGUAGUGAGAGGGGAAGUAUUUUGUGUGUGCGUUCUUAAAGAAAAACUUAGGUUUAGAUUCUAAAUUUGAAGAUACUGAUCUUAUAAAAAGGAAGUCUGAUAAUUUUAGAAACAGGUGGGAAACACUCAAAUAUUCCUCUUGUCUGCACCAAAAAGUUAAUUAGUGGUACAUGAAAUGAAUAUUGUUUUAUAAUAACUGUUAUUAAUAAGUGCUUUCUAAUCUAUUUUAUUGACUCUUAGUUGAACAAAUAGCUGACUUAAACAUCUAUGCAGACUUAAAAUGCGGAGGUCCCUUCUGAGAGCCAGUGUUGUUUUAAAAGAGCUUUCUGAAUGUAAGUGAGAAUUUCAAUUUGGUAGCAUGUUUGCAUAACUUCCAAUAUUUGAUAUUUGUUAAACUCUACCUGGGGCAAUCAAAAACGGAUAAAGACCAAUGAAAAAUGAGUAGGUUCUUCACUCCCGCUUUUCCCAGGAUAAGAGGAAGGGAAUUUAUCAUAUUUCUUAAUUUCUUGGUUUUGAACUGCUUUGAGAGCAUGAUUUUUAUUGUUUAUUACUUUAGACUUACAGUUCUCAACACUGACAACACUUCAGAAAUAUUUGCCCUGGGCUCUACUCUUGAGAGAUUCUCAUUUAUAAUUGUUCUGAGGUGGGCCUUGGACCUAUUUUUUUAAGCACCAAUCUGCCUCCUUACCCCCAUUCCUCAAAUAUGCAGAAAAGUUUGAGAACCAUUAGACUAAUAAUGGUAGUUUUUCCUGUUUAAAGGAGAUAACUAAUUUGAACUGAAGCUUUGUUUUUAUUUUGCUCUGUUGAUGUCUUUAUUACAACUAAAUUAUUGUGCUGUUAUUACUGUUUCAUUGUUAAAUAAAGUAAGCCGUUUGAGUUAUAUGAGUUUCAAUGAUUAUGUUAAUUAACUUUUGUCCUGCAUCAGAAUGUUGACUUUGUAAUUGAGUAAUUCAUCCUUGCUUAUAUAUUUUUGUUGCUAAUGACAUUAGAUCCAGAAUUCAGGAAGGAUGAUAAAUGCCAAUGAGAAAAAAAAAAACCCCAAUGUUUUGUGUGUACUGCAGAUUUCAAGUAUGGAUUGAUGUUAAUAAGAACAUUCUAGAAUAGAAGGCAAACUGUAUAUUGCUGUGGUUAAGAGUUAAGGCUUUGGAGUCAGACAUGGUUCAAAGUCUUGUACUGCCACUUUCUACCUAUGUAACAUUAACAAAUUAUUUUUCAUAUUCAAGCCCCAGGUUCCUCACUUAUAAAAUGAGAAACAAUAAAUAGCAUCUACCUCAGAGAGACUGUUUAUUGUCAAGCAAUGUACUAAGUACUUUACCCACAUCAUCUGAAGUCUCAUAAUAACUUUAUUGUAGCAACAAAAAAAUAAUUAGAAUAAACAUGCUUCCUAUAGUUGUACUUCAUUCUACUUUAAAUUGCUACUCUAAGUUUCAGGAUAAUGAUUGGAAUGGAAGAAAUAGCAAGGAUAGCAAGCUAGUGGGAGAAGCAGUUAAAGUACUGUGGAAAAAAAUAAAGUGGCAAACUUUCCUCCCCUCUUCUGUUUGCCCUUAGGGUAGGAACGUGUCCAUUUUUGUUCACUGCUCUUCUUAGUGCCCUCAACAGUACCUGUCACAUAGUAGACAGUCAGUAAGUAUUGCAUGAACAAGUGAAUGGGCAUUCAUAUCUGUUGAUGGGAAGCUAAUGCCAGCAAUUUUCUAGGAAUAUAGCUUACAAAACUAGGCCAUUUUCCCAAAGAUGUGUAUACAAAAGGUUCAUUACAGAGAUCAAAUAGUAAAACAUUGGAAAUUUGUUAUAUAGUAUUGUACAGACUAAGACAUUCCCACCAAAUGAACAAUAAGAGGUGGUUAUUUGAUGAGAAAUUUCAUAGGACACCAUGUUGCAGUGUCUGAGUGAACGGGAGAUUCAAAGUGUAGCUCGGACAACUUUUUCAAUCAUUGUAGGUCAAAAAACAUUAAACAAGGGGCCAACCUGGUGGCUCAGCGGUUAAGAUCGCACAUUCAGCUUCCAUGGCCUGGGGUUGGCUGGGUUGG